GAAUUACAGCAUUGACAAAAGUUACACAACAAGAAGCAAGCGUUGGAAUCCAAUGAAGAUAGAGUAUUACAGCAAAGGGACAAUUUCUUGUAGAACAACUAUACUGUUUAAACUAAACGUUCCUUUUAGUUCCUUGUACAACCUCUUUGGUUGGAUGCGUGUUGCAAUGAGGCCUGGCAUGGAGGUAUACGCGUACAUGUUAUCCUACGACAGAUUUUUUUUCAUGCAUGUUGCAACUACCGUCCCAGAUCUCGCAUUCGUAGACAGCCAAAGUUAGUGUUUCAUUUGCAGAUUGGGCAGAUUAAGGAAGUGUGAUUACUGGAAAACCCUACUGUGUGCAGCCAAUUUUUUUGCUGGAAAAUGAUUGCUUUUUCACGACAGAGCUGCAAACAAUACCUGAGGAUUUUCUAAACUUACACGACUGUUUCGUUAGUAUCCUUCGUAUUACUACUAAGGGAUGUUCGAUUGACUUUGACCAAAACGCCAGCAAUGGAAGCAAUGUGCCACUUAAUAAUAAAGGCGGGAUUGAAGCGCUAAUUUCAAGACUUAUCAAUGGUCCUCCAUAUAGUUGUCCGUUCCCAAAUAGAACCAGGAUUCGUCACUAAAGAAAACUCUGCCGGUUUGCAGUCCACAGGACACCGUUUUAAACGAAGGCGAUGGUCUUCAUUUGCAAUAGUUCGAUGUUGGAGUGUUAAGGAGGCUUCCACCUGUUUCUGGAUGGUUGAGAAAGCCAUAUCAACUGUUCUUACCUCAGACGAUUAUCUCUACUGGUAAUCCGUUUGAUGGUCCGCCGAAUGUGUACCCUCGUAUAUCUACGGCGCAAACAUCACCUUAGUCAAGUCUGAAUGGUCCAGAUUGAGAUCGUUUAGACUAUCCCGCUUGCCUCUGCUUUGUGAUGCGGUCCUUUCUCAAACUAUGUCAACAGUGAACGUCUGACUUCUAGAUGUGCUUGGCAUUUGAAGACUUCCCGAUAACAGGUACUGAAAAAUUCUGAACACAGUGAGCAUCUUCGGUCCUUUUCUUUAAGAUACUGGGAUAGAGAUUUUAAGGUCGUCCUAGUGGUUAUUGCCUGUCUGAUAUAUAGCUGUAUGCGGAGUUUUGCAGUAAUCGGACAAUUCUAUCUGGAAUACAUUGUUUGAAUCGAUGCGGCGACGUUGGAUUACUGUCAGCGGAAUUUUGUUAUCCUCAUGGAUUCUAAUAUAUUACAUAUUAAAUAAUUACUACGAAGUUCAGUCAACAGAUUCACCUUUUGAUCUUACUCUUAUUUAUAACUGGAUUGUUCACAGAAAUGAUUAUCAGAAUAUAAUUCAGUCCCCCAAAACUGUACCUAUUCUAAGUCCCACUGCACCUUGCCAAGAUAGUCCUCUUCUAGUCAUUAUUGUGUGCUCAUCAUUAGUUAAUUUCAUACCUAGAAAAGCUAUCAGAGAUACGUGGUCUCAAGAUGCUGUUAAAUCGGGAAAUUCUAAGGUUUUAUUUUUGGUUGGAAAAACCAAUGAUACUAUAUUUAACAAUGCUCUGGAUGAAGAAAGCCGUAAGUACGCAGAUAUCAUCCAGUACGAUUUUAUGGAAAGUUAUCACAACUUGACAUUAAAAUCCGUCCUGUUGUUAAAAUGGGUGAUUAAUUAUUGUCAACGCGCUCGUUACGUAAUGAAAGUUGAUGACGACGUCUUUCUUCAUGUCCCGAACAUAAUUCGGUAUUUAAGUAAAGUUUCAAAGCCUAGAUUAUUAAUGGGAGUUAAAGUAUAUUCUGCAAAGCCUGUGAAAGAUACUGAUUCUAAAUGGUACAUGCCUUUGGCAGAGUAUCCUAAAACAGUGUAUCCAAAUUAUUUAGCUGGUCCCGGUUAUGUAAUGGGAAAACAUGCUAUAGAAAUAUUGUAUCGAAAUUCUUUCCGCAAACCAUUCAUACGUAUGGAAGAUGUAUACAUUACUGGAAUUUGUUCUGAAGACACGGGAUUGUUUCUGGAAGGGCAUGACAUGUUUACAUACACUAAAAUUCGAAACGAUCCUUGUCUUUUUCGCAAAAUGUAUGCAACUCAUAGAAUGUCUCCUGAAGAACUUUAUUACAUUUGGACUAAAGUUCACGAUUCAUCUUUGUUGUGUUAUUGGUGGUCGCAAUGGAUAUAUUGGAGGUGAUAAAUACAUUUGCUGUAAAUAGUACGUAAAAUACUCAACUAAACGUUGUUGUCAUAUCAUACUUCCAAUGUUCCUGUUCUCUAUACAAAAAUGAUUGUAUUCUUUUAUAUAAAACAAGUCUUUCGAAAUGGCAUGGAAGAUGAUCUGAAAGAGGUUAAAAUCUAAGCAUAGAGAAGGGAAUUAAAAAGUUACAGCUAGGAUGAAGGCAGUACUUUGAGUUACAUACAAAUAUCAAGUGCCUAAAUAGAAUAAAACUCUUCAAGCAAUAACUUUUAAAGUAAAUUUUAAUGUAUGUAAUUGUAACUUUAUGAAAAAUCUACGUUUAACUAGUUACUAGUUCUAACAUAUAUAGAAAUUGUUAUCUUUAUUUACUAUGCAUACGUAAAGUAAGACUCUGUGAUUAUACAGUGCCUACAUGUGCAAAAUAUAAAUGAAGAUAAUAUGACUAUUAUGAAUGAAAUUCGGUUUUCGCUAGAAUAUAAUGCAUGUUGAAAGCUUUAUUGCAAUUUCAGCUAUGGUUUAUGCCUUAUGAUAUUGUGAGGUUAUGAAAUGUUAUGUAUAUAAUACGUUGUAAUUCUAUAUUACAUAUAAAAAUCCUCUUGGCCAUAAGAUUAUGGUAGAAAAAGUUGUACCAUUUAAAUUUAGAAAAUAUGAGAUGUUAACAAAUACAA